AUGAUAAUUGACAAUUUUGAUAAUUUAGUUAAUUACAUACGCUAUAAUUUAAUAUUACAUACGAUUAUAAAGUGUGACGUAAUGAUGUUUCACAUUUCAAGAAUUCACUUUGACUUCAUUAAACGAGGUAGAGGGGAGUGAUUGCCACUCCAGUUGGUCACUUUAGGUCGUUUGAACAAUAAAGUUUUCAUUUUUUUGUUUUGUCAGUCGUUACUCGUCGUCCUUAUUUUGCAAUGCAUAAGUUCUCCGAUCGCAUGAUCUUCUUACAGGAUGAAGUUACAUAUGGUUUCCUCAAUCCACUGAUUUGAGUUCCUAUAAUUUUUUUCUAAAGAGGCAAUAGUAAAUUAUUAUGUUAUCUGACAUUAUACGAAACAGAAAAAAUUUUUACUACGUACAUUCACCGUUUUAUUCAUAUUGAAACAAGUUGACAGUUUGACACGAAAAAAACAUAAAUGAAAUUCGUAAGUAAAAAAAAUGAAGAAACCUUCGGUUGUUUUUAUUACGUUGAUUUUAAUUAUCAAUAUUACAGAUAUGACCUGCAAUAUCACAGAAACUAUAUUGUGUAAACAUUUAACUGAAAUAUGUUAUUAUAAUGAAGAAUGUUGUUCCCAGUAUUGUUUGAAAUCAUUUCCGUGGUUUUACGGAAUUUGUGAGCAAUUUUCAAUGCAGUUUAAUUUUGAUUCAAACUCUACAGCUGAAAAAGGAAUUUGCGAAUUCCACAUGCAGACCGAUGAAAGUGAUAUUGAUUAUCUGGAUGAUGAAUUUGGCAAUAUAAAUGCAGCACACAACAGUUUGCCUCCAUAUACACUGAUCCAAGUGUCACACGAAAAAAGGUCAAUAAUUGUCACAAUAAACGAUCGCAUUCCUAGAACAAAUGGAACACUUUUAGAUUUAUCAAACGAAGCGGCUCUAAAGUUACAAAUUAAAAAUGAAGGAUUUGCACCAUGUAAAAUUGAAAAAGUGAUACAUCAUAAUCCUAUUCUAAAAAUGAUUUUGUAUGCUAUACCAAUUUUUUCUUGUGUUAUAAUUGUGAUUAAUAUAUUUUAAGGUACCUAUCUGAACAAAAAUGUAUUUAAAUUAAUUAUCAUUUUUAAUCUUAUGUUAUUUUGUUCUACAUUUUUUUUUUUUUUGUAAUUUUUAUGCACUUAUAUGUAUAAGUUAUUGAGAUAUUUUGAUUUUAAAUUUCUCUUUAUAUUUCGGUUUAUUGCAUAAUCCAUUUGUAUUUAGGUACUCGUCGAUAUUACGAUAAUCAUGAGAGUUUUUAUCACACAAUAAGUUACCUAGGUGUCUGACUAAUUAGUAAUUACAAUUUAAAAUUGAAGUUUUUUUUUUUUUUUUAUAAAAUAUAGGAAAAUAAAAUAAAAUAAUUUUAUAGUGGAUAUAGGUAAAUAAUAUUUUUUUAUUAUUAUUUACUUGUCUAUUAUUUAUGAUCAAUCGUAACUUAUCAGUAUUUAUACAAAUUAUUUUUAUUUCAAUAAAAUAAGUAUAAAAUGACAGAAUUACAGAACUCUGAUUUUUAUAAAACUAUACAAAUAAUAAAUUAUUAACUAAUCUUAAUCAGUUAAACACAAUAAAAAUAUAAAUGUAUCCUGUGUUAAUAAGGUAAUAAGUAAAAUAAUAAUAAUAAUAAAAUUAUUUAAUCAUUAUACUCAUAAUACCUACCUACCUAUAUUAAAUUAAGAAUACAAUAACAAAAUAAUUUCUAUUAUUUAGCUUUUAUUUCUGCAAAUGUUUCAAUAAUAUCGUUAAUCAACAUUUUUAAAUAAAUCAAUUUUAAUUGAAAUAAUUUCUAAAUUAGAAAGUCGACCUUACAGAAUUGUUGUUCUCAAAUAUUCUUUUAUGUUUUUUGACCCGAUCUUGAUGUUUUUCAUUAAUUUUAAGUUUUCAAGUUUCGGCAUCACUUUAGAUUUUUGAUUUUUAUCACAUAAUUAACCAUUCAUUAUAAAUUAUAAUAUUAUUAUAUUAAUCAGACCCAAUACUGACACAAUUAACAAACACACUAAAAAAACUACUAUUAUACUACUUAUAAAAUCAGUUUAUCUAGUAUUUAAUCAAUAAAUAUUAUUUAUUACUACCAAUAUUUAUUUUUAAGUACCGAAGCUUCAGAAGCGGCUUUUUGUAAAUUUGUUAACUGUUUGGAAUUUUAGAUCAUAAGGUAUGACUGCUCAUUGGUUAUACAUUUAUAAUAUAUUAAUAUUUAUAACAAUUUUAAAUUUAAUGAAAAUAAUAAUAUUUUUAAAACAAA